GGGGCGCGCUCCCGAGUUGACGCUGACGUGCACGCACCACAACACGGAGCUGGUGGGAACGCGCGCCAUUGAAUUAAGCUGCCGCGAGACCGAGUGGAGAAUGAAGGAUUUGGUUUUGAUGAAGUGUUGUUGCGGAAAAUGAACAUAUAAGAACACUCUUGUUCCACUGAAACCAAAAGAAGUGUAAAGGAUAUCCUAGCGGUGCUGGAUGAAACUAAAUUCUGACGGUUCACGAUAUUCAAUUUGAAUUUAAUUCUACGGAAGGCGCGCACUGAUUUCAUCCAUUAGUGGCCAUGGUUGUUCCAGAAAGUGAUGCAGCUGUACAGCCCUCAGAACACUGCAGUUCAACAGAGCUGAAUUUGGUGGUUGAUCCAGGUUCUGGGUUUGAGGCUAAUCAGGAUCAGUCUGGACCUGAACUGGAAGAAGUUCGAAAGUUGCAGGAGUUGGUCAGAAGACUUGAAAUUCAAAACCAACAACUCAGGAAUCGAGGUGGAACAAAGUGCUUUGGAGCAAACAGCAACCUUACUGGAAUUAGCAAUAUUAAUGACCGAACUGUAGGGGACAAAUCAGGACAGAUAAGAUUAGAAGGAAACAUAAAUUUAACCAGUUCUGUUAUGAAUUUGGAGAUGCAUCUUGAAGCAAAUGCCAUCAGUGAAGAAGAAUCAGUUGAAAGUAAUAAUAGUAAAAGCUGUCUUAAUGAGAAACUGGCCCCUGAUGAGGAAACUAGAGAAAAAAUGCAAAGUGAAAACUUUAAUUCCCUGGAUACAGCUGCAAAUAAACUUUUAUUUUUUGAGGAGGAAACUGGUUCAGGAGAUGCAUUUGGUCAGUCAACCCUGGAUGAAGUAGAAGUUUUAGACUUAGAAGACUGUAGUGAAGGUGAAGAAGACACAUGGUUAUAUGUAUCUCCAAAGAAGAUUAUGUUGGCCGAGCAGAGGCCAGAGAGCCCUUUGAAAUGGUGCCGGCAGGUGUUUGAUCAUCCCAGCCCCGAGACAGAAGCAGCAUGUCGCACCUUUAUGUGUCGCCUUGAUCAAACAACCCGUUGGAAGAGCAUUUAUAGCAGUUCUGCUCAAUGUGUUUAUAGCUCCACUUCAGAAGCAGGCUCUUCCGGCAAUGCUUUAGGGUCUCCAGGGUACCUCAAAUCAACUAACAAAACACUACUAACUUGUGGCAGCUCAGGCUACAUGAGUAUCCACUCUGCACUAAGUUCACAGUCUUCCAUAGACAGUGAGUUAAGUACCUCAGAUGACUCCAUAUCCAUGGGUUACAAGUUACAGGACCUCACAGAUGUUCAGAUAAUGGCCCGCUUACAGGAAGAAAGUCUAAGGCAAGAUUAUGCUUCCAGUUCAGCAUCCGUGUCUCGACGCAGCUCUAGUGCAUCUCUGCAUUCUCUGCGCAGAGGGACUUAUAGUGACCAGGAAUUUGACACCUACAGUCUAGAAGAUGAGGAAGAUGAUUGUUCUUUUUCGCUCCGCAGCGCACAUCGCUAUUCCCCUUCUCCACUGAGCUCACCACGCUGCCAAUCGCCUAGUUCAGUUGUGGAGUACAGCAGAGUUGUGGCUUCACGUGUACGGCCACCUCGUCGUUCUUUUCAGGGUCCUGUUCCUGAACUUGUCAAAUUUACAAAGAGUGAAGAUGACAUGAGACGUAGCAUGCCUAAUCUUGCAAGGACCAGCUUGCGCUCUCUAGAGGCAGUAAGGAACAGUCGAAGUAUGGAGUCUAAUCUUCAAGGACCUAGUAAUCGCAUAUCCCGUUUGCAUUCCUCUACAGGUCUUCCGUCUACUAAAUUGUCUAAUCAUUCUGGGAAUGCUCAGUCUCCACUGUCAGUCCGUGUACCUGUCAAAGCUCUUGGGCCUACUGCAUCAAUGGGAGCAUCAAGACAGCCUCCAAAAGCAACAGGUGCUUUUGGAACAUCAAAUGGCAGUAUUCGCAGAGUCCAGUCCCCUACUUACUCUGGUUCAGGUUCUUCCAGUGGUGGAGUUUCCUCAAGUAGCAGAGGAGCUGCGGGAUUUGCAGGGAAACACACUCCUAGUCGAAGUCGCACUUCUUUUGGCGCUCCUUCAGCGUUACCCAGGAGCAGAGUGUCACAGCCCUCCAGAAGAUCUAUUGGAUUAACAAAAACCUGUAGCCCUGUUACUGAUGAAUCUUGGAAAGACGGAUGUUACUAAAACCCCAUGAAGCAUGGAAAUGAAAAUUUUCAGUCUCCUAAUCACAGCAGACCCAGCUGGCUGGGCAGCAACAAAUUUUUCAAUGCAUGUGUACAUUGUUUUGUCUUGACCUGGUCAUUUUCCAAACAGAGACUUUUCCUCUGAUUUUUUUUUUCUCUUUUUUUAUAUACUUUAUUACUUCUUUGGGCUGUUGAAAUCAGCACUUUUAUUUGUAAUACAGAUAUGAAAACAUACUCAAUUUAGAAUUAAUUUUUGUAAUAGGCUAAAAUUUGCAGUUUUUCCAAUUUUGAUAAAAUGUAUAUUUUACCCUAAAAGAUAAACCAUUCCUUGAUGUAGUUGUGAAAUGUUUACAGUUUUUAUUUUAUUUAUUUUGUUGUGAUGCCAAGCUAAUAGAUGCAAUGUACUUUUUUCAAUGGAGAUCUACAGUAGUCUUCUAAAUGUAAAUAAGUCUUUUCUUUUACUGCUGGAAAAAGAAUGUGAAAAAGUGACAUUUUUUUCAAUUUUUAUGUUAUUUUUUUAUCUGGCACAGUUUUCUAUCUUAAUUGUUUCUGUAUAGAUGUGAGAUGUACUUUCAUCCCUCUAAGUUGAAUUAUAAUAACAUUCUGUUGCA